AGGGAAGCCAGAGAUCAUAGGUAGCAACCUGGAUGUCUUGGUGACAGUAGGGCUGUCUGAGAAGGUAUGUGAAGACUAUCAGCUGGCUCAAGAAGUAUGCAAUGCGAUCUCCAAACUUGCCAGUAACCCUAAGCCAGCACUGGGGAAGAACAAUGCACCUUUUCGACUGCCACAGAACCACAUGCUCUUUGGGUGCCUGAGUGAGACUGUGAGUAAAGGCUUCGCCCAGCCAAGUGGUCACUGGAUCCCCUUCAUGGAGGCAGCGGUAAUGCUUAUCUACAAGCUAGCAGAAGGGGCAGAGGAGAUAUGUGCUCAAAUCCUGCAGGCGUGCAGUCAGCAAACUCUGGAGAAGCUGCAGGAGGCUGAUGGGCAGAAACUGGUGUCCCUUGUGGGACAGGUGGCACUGCAGCAGGUAGCGUAUUUGGAAGUGGCAGUGAGUGCAGAGCUACGCAGACGUCGCAUCCUCAGAGAGGAGGAGAAAACCAAGAAGCAUUCUAACAGCAGCACGAAGAAGCAGAGACCCCGGAGCACAGGAAAUGAGACCACUAUGGAGGAGGAGCUGGGCCUUGUGGGAGCCUCAGCUGAUGACACUGAGGCUGAGCUCAUCCGCAGUAUUUGUGAGACAGAACUUCUAGACGGGAAGCACCUGUUCUCUGCCUUUGUUCCACUGGUGCUCAAGAUCUGCAACAACCCUGGGCUCUACAGUGAUUCGGCGCUCUCGGCUGCUGCAGCCCUGAGUCUUGGCAAAGUCUGCAUGGUCAGCUCUGAGUUCUGUGACUCCCACUUGCGCCUGCUGUUCACUAUGAUGGAGAAGUCCACUCUGCCUGGUGUGAGAUCCAACCUCAUUAUUGCAGCAGGAGAUCUGGCCAUCCGUUUCCCCAACCUGGUGGAACCUUGGACACCGCAUCUCUAUGCCAGGUUGCGGGACCCCUGCCCAAGCGUGAGGCAGACGGCUGGACUGGUGAUGACUCACCUCAUCCUCAAAGACAUGGUAAAGGUGAAGGGCCAAGUGAGCGAAAUGGCAACUCUGCUUAUAGACCCAGAGGAGGCAAUCAUGGGAGUGGCUCAGAACUUUUUCAGUGAACUCUCCAACAAGGGUAAUGCCAUCUAUAAUCUGCUUCCAGACAUAAUCAGUCGUCUCUCAGAUCCUAACUGCGGCAUAGAGGAGGAAUCCUUCCACACUAUUAUGAGACAUCUCUUCUCAUAUAUUACAAAAGACAAACAGACAGAGAGCUUGGUGGAGAAACUUUGUCAGCGAUUCAGGACUGCCAGAACUGAGCGUCAAUAUCGGGAUCUGUCCCACUGCCUUACUCUGCUUCCCCUCUCGGAACGGGGCAUUCACAAGCUGCAGGACAACUUUGACUGCUUUGCAGACAAGCUCCAAGACCCAGCUGUCUACAGUUGUUUCCAAACUGUGCUGGCUCGAUUCCGCAGAGCAGGCGGCAAACCUGAGACUAAAGCUCUGGCUGAAGAGCUGGAGCAGAAGCUGUCUGCCUCCCGUAACCGAGGGCUGGAUUCAACAGAGACAUGCCAGGAAGGUAGUGGAACUCCAAUGCCAGAGCCGGCCAAGCGGAAACCAACAGGAAGUUCUCGCCGCCAGCCCCUGAGCACAGCUAACAGGGAUGAAGAUUUUGUCUCACCCCAGCCUCGCACCCUCCGAAACCAUAAGCGUGCCCAAAAGCGCCCUCCACCCAAAAAACCUAUUAUCACCUUCUCCAGUGAUGAGGAGAACAGCUCUGAGGACGAGCUAUCGGCAGAAUUACAAGAGGAAGAAACCCCCACCAAAACAACUCCCAUCACCAGAUCUUCAGCCCGCCGGCUGCGCUGA